AUAUUUGUGCAGUUUUAAAUUUACUCAAAGAUCGUUUGCGUUAACUGGGCAUACCCUGUGUUACUUCUGCCUGAAAACACUUGGCAAGACCCAUGAGAUUGCCUCAACGAGCGUAAUUGGCUUACAUGCACGUUUUUUGAUGUUUUCCGUGUUCUUACGGCCUCCCCAUUUAAAAAUCUCAAACUUGCUGAUAAUAUCCAAACGUUUGCGACACUACUACCGCAAUAUGGACUGCACGGAGUUGCUGCCACCUGUCUCAGUGCGUGGAAUGAAUGUGCUUAAGCGCACCGACUUUCAAAAAUGCGUAAAAAUUCCCAGGCUCACAGUGCCCGAGUCUCAAGUACAGCGUGUAAUUCCGCUGGUAAAGAAACUGAUGCUAAAAAUGGAGCACCUACAACCUGUGCGUUCAGUGGAGAGUGGACGUGAGAUUCUGCUGCAUCCGUUGCCCGUCAAGAACUGGCAAUCGCUGCCCAUCAAUGAGCUGGAAAAGCAACAAGUAACUGAGGAUAAUUUCUGCCAUGCUGAGCUCGAAUUGAACUACGAGAAUUGGAGCGCCAAUGAGAUACUGAAGAGUGUGCUGCCCGCGGAUGAAGAGGGACUCUCCUCCUUCUCGCGCAUUGGCCACAUUGUCCAUCUGAAUCUACGUGAUCAUCUGCUGCCCUAUAAACAAUUAAUUGGCGAGGUGCUCCGGGAUAAGUUGCCCAAUAUUCGAACCGUGGUCAACAAGGCUUCCACCAUUGACAACACCUAUCGCAAUUUUCAGCUGGAGCUGAUAUGCGGUGAACCAGACUAUCAGGUGGAGACCAAGGAGAAUGGUGUCCCCUUUGAGUUUGACUUCUCCAAAGUGUAUUGGAAUCCGCGUCUGUCCACAGAGCACGAGCGCAUUGUCAAAAUGCUGCAUCCAGGCGAUGUUCUUUAUGAUGUAUUCGCUGGUGUUGGGCCUUUUAGUGUGCCGGCGGCCAAGAAGCGUUGCCAUGUCCUGGCAAACGAUCUGAAUCCUGUCAGCUUUCACUGGCUUCAGCAUAAUGCCAAGCGGAAUAAGUGUCUGCCCCACAUUAAAAUGUUCAACAAAGAUGGACGAGAGUUCAUAUUGAAGGAGCUGCGCGAGGAUUUGUUGCAAAGGUGGAGCACUGCUGCAGCCACGUCAUACAGCAUGCAUGUGACCAUGAAUCUUCCGGCAAUGGCUGUGGAAUUUCUAGAUGCAUUUCGUGGAUUAUAUACAAUCGAGGAGAUGGCUGAGCUGCCAGAGCCUCUGAACUAUCCCCAAGUGCAUGUUUACUCCUUUGCCAAGGGUGAGGACACCAAGAAGCUGGUCCGACAGCUGGUGGAAAGCAAUCUGGGUGCUUCAUUAGACGCAGAGCUACAGGGUAUAAGUUUUGUGCGUAACGUAGCGCCCAACAAGGACAUGUACAGGGUAUCCUUCAGUCUAACCCGAGAACUGUUGACAACUACAAAGCAGACGUUGCGUAAGCGUCCAGCUGAGGAAGAUGACGACGUAGCUGAAGCAACUACAAAAGUGAAAUGUGUUUAACAAAGUUAAUAAUAAAGUUUCUUUAAAA